AUGUCAAAUUUGAUGAAGAAGGCGGCUCCAGCAUUUACUAACAAAGAAGAGGUUUCAACAAGAGAGUAUGAAUUGGUACGUGAGGCUCUUUUCACUGAUGAAGAUGACCAAAGUGGCUGGUUCUAUCAUCUUUGGCUUCUUGAUCAAACUGUCAGAUCUGAGUUCCCUCUGCUUGUCUCUUCAUGGCCUGUCGAAGGUUCUGAUAUUUCCCCGCCAGCAGCUGAUCGUCUGGAUGGUUGUGCUUCUGUGAAUGUGUUCCAUUACAGUUCCAGAAAUUUUCCUCUCAUUCUUUACUUCAACCAAUCUGUCGGAGGUGUAAACUCAUCUACUGUCAGUGUUUCGUGUGGGUUUAACCUAAACGCUGAUCUGAUCUGGAAACCUCUUUCUUCGAAUGACUCUCAAUGUGCAAAAGUUUGGGCUACGCGUUUAGCCAUCCCUGAUGCCGAGCUUCAUUCUUCAGAACCUCACCAGGUGGAGGUUAAAGUUGGAUAUUCACUAGGAAUUGUUUCAACUACUGGUGUAGCAUAUAGCCAUCCUUCUCAUAUUUCAUUUCAUCUGCACUUACAACAAAAGCCCCCACUUGAAUCUAGACAAGAGUCAAGGUUAGGGAGAAUUCAGUGGAAAGAUGAUUGUUUUGCUGAUUAUGAACCUGGUUCUGCAGAACCUGAUUUGGUUAACCUUCUUGACAAUCUAACAAUCAAGAAUGAGCUAGAGCCAACAGCCUCAACAUGGAAAGCGAGAAUCAUUGAUGACGAGACUAAUAUUUUUGUGACUUAUUGGACUGGCAAAAUUGGGAAGCUGACAGUGGCCAGGCUGUUGACUGCUUACGAUUUGUUGAGACCUUUGGACAAACCAGUCCAUUGUGAGGAAGUUUUAGAGCUAUACAGUGAGCUAAUAAAGUUGGACCCUUCUCACUAUAGAUAUUACAAAGAUAACCACAGCUUGGUUUUAUUGCAACAGGUGACAUCUAGUAAGGAGUCUUUGCCGAGUCAUUGUUUUCACUAUAGGGACUCAACUCUGUUAACCAGUGGGGGUCCCUUGUGUUUGCGACUAAACAACUUAGCAAUUUCACAAUUGGGAUCUUUUGGGAAGUUGCUAUGGGUUCAAGUGCUAGACCUCAGCAAAAAUGAACUUCAAUCGAUUGAAGGAUUGGAGGCUCUACAACAUCUCUCACAAUUGUGUUUGAGUAACAACAAAUUCAAGAGUUUUACUGCUUUGGAGUCUCUAAGAUAUUUGAAGUCACUGAAAGUGUUGGAUAUUUCGCAAAACGAAAUAGGUUCUCAUUCCAUUGACACCACCAGAUAUCUAUUCUGUUCUCCAUUGUCCCAUUCAAUGGGAAGUUGUGAUUGGAAUAUCAAUGAUCUCUGUUCAAAAACCUACCGGGAAGCUUUUUUCGUUCUCAAAGACAUGGGGCUAACUCAGUUGGCCGUGGCUGGGAAUGCAAUCGGUAGUGGAAGUUUUAAUGUGUUCCUGGAAAAGCACCUGCCCACUCUCAAGUGGCUGGAUGGUGUACAAGUAAACUAA